UCCUAGGGUUCUAAGUUUCAGUCCUUUCCCUUCUUCCCUCUGUUAAAGUUGGCGAAUUAAGAAAUGGCUGCAAGUUUUGCUUCCAAAUGCUCCGGGGUGGGCCGUUCGUUGAUGGAUGGCCUUCGAAACAACUUUGCUAAUUUACCAAGCACAUCAAGAGAGAUUGUAUGUGGCAGUUUCCUGUAUCAGCAACAAAGGACUUUUAUACAGAUGAGAACUGUUCUCAAAGUAGUGGACAACUCGGGGGCAAAAAAGGUGAUGUGCAUACAACCGUUGAAGGGUAAGAAAGGGGCUAGAUUGGGAGACACCAUAAUUGCAUCUGUAAAGGAGGCCAUGCCUAACGGAAAGGUGAAGAAAGGGAAGGUGGUAUACGGUGUUGUUGUGCGUGCUGCCAUGCAGCGAGGUCGUUGUGACGGGAGUGAGGUCAAGUUUGAUGACAACGCAGUUGUUCUCGUUGACAAGCAAGGUCAGCCGAUAGGGACCAGAGUUUUCGGCCCAGUCCCACAUGAGCUGAGGCAGAAAAAGCAUGUCAAGAUCCUCACUUUGGCGGAGCACAUUGCCUGAUUUUCAAAUAGAAUGCAGCAUAUCUGAUAAGACAAAACUGCAUUCAUGGCCUCGUGCUGUUUUCAAUUGUUUGAAUUAGGAGGUCCUCAGAACAGAUUUCUUUGUAGAAAUCGAAAUCAAUUAUUAUAUCAAAAGGUACUUGCCAAUUAACCCAAUGAAGCUCUUUAUAACUAGAAAUGCCACGAAGG